AUGGAGGUGCUGAACAGCAAUAGCAAUGAUGACCUACAACAGAUGAAUCAGAAUGAACAACAACAUCGAGAUGGGGCGCAAAUGGCUCCAAGGACAAUGUAUUUAAACAUAGAACUUGAGAGAAGUUUGAAUAACGGAUUUGAAAGAAAAACAACUAGAUCUCGUUCAAACUCAAAAGUAUACCGUCAAUCUCUUCCUCCACCAGUGAAUAACAAUACCAAAUCAUCAUCUUCUUCACACAACGGAACAAGUAUACAACAGAAGGAUUCUCAAGACACCCAACCCACAAAACCGCAUUCAAGAGAUCAAUAUACUCAUAUUAUUAGAUUAUCAUCACUUAAUGAAACAUUUGAUAGAAAGACAUUAGCAAUCCCAGCAUAUCCAGAAGUGCUCAAGUUGGGACGUCCAAAUAGUUCCCAAAAAGCUCCCAACAUAGAUAAUGGUUAUUUUGAUUCAAAAGUGAUAUCAAGAGAGCAAGCAGAACUAUACGUUAAAUGUGAUCAAGUUUUCAUAAGGGAUAAGAAUUCAUCAAAUGGUACAUUUGUAAAUACAAAGAAAAUUUUACAAGAAGAACCGGUGAAAGAGAAUGAUGUUAUAGAUUUGGGGAUAGAUAUUGAUGGUAAUCAAUCCAAACAUCAACAUCAUAGGAAAAUCAGUUGUAAAGUGGAUAGUAUAUUUGUUGUACCAUUAAAUAAUGGAGUGAGUCUACCACAAGUACUGAAUGAUUUAAAUAAUCAAGAUAAAGUGAUGAAACAAAAGGAAGUUACACCUUUUGAUGCUGCCUUUUUCGGUGACGUAAAUUCUGAUUUGGAUGAUUUAGCAUUGGGAAUGGAUCAUGACUUCCUGUCUGGGAUAUUUGUGAAUAAUAACAUUGGAACAAGUUCAAAUUUAACCAAAUCUGUUAAAAUAUUGAUGAAUCAAUUACAUCAAGAAAAGGUUAACAACUUGAAACUUCAAUCAGUGGAGACAUUUUUGGAGAACUAUAGAGUUGAACUUAGCCGAAAUGAACAAACCGCAAAAAUUAGAAAAUUAAAUAAAGAAUUGAGUGAUUAUAAAAAAUUGGCUGAAGUGUCAAAGUCACAAAUCUCAGAGUUUGAAGAAAAGAUUGGCGAAAUCACCUCCAAGUUGGAAUCAAAUGAGAAGACUGUAUUAGAAAAAGAUGAACAAAUCAAAGAACUUGAAGCUUCUGCAACCAAACAUAACGAAACAAUAACAAAUGAGCUGAAUUCUAAGAUUGAAUCACAAGACGCAUUGAUAAAAGAGAAACAAGCACGUAUAGAAAGUCUCACAAAGGAACAACAAAGCAUAAAGUCAAAUUAUGAAUCAAACCUCAAGUCAUUAGAGGAUAAGCUAUCCACAAAUAGUGAAGAUUAUCAAAAAUUGAAGAAAAAGUACAAGAGCAUAUUGGAUUAUAAAAAGCAAAAUGAUAUGAAGAAUGAUUUUUAUAAUCUCAUACUGAUUUCAACGGGGAUAUUAAUCAUUGGUCUCUUGGUUCUAAAAGUUUUCUAG